UAUUUGGCACCAUUUGAACUUUAUGUAUUAUACAAUUUAGCUCUCGUACACAUUCAUUUGCAACAAUAUGCAUCUUCAAGCAUAUUUUUACAAUCGGCACUAAGAAUUGAUAAAAAACAUGCACAAUCUUAUUCAUUAUUAGGUACAGUAUUGGAAUAACAUCAAAUUGGUUUUAUAUUUGUAAAAGAAAUUCUGUGAAGUGUAAUUUUAAUAGUAUGAAUGAAUGAUCAUUUCUGUAAUUUUAUAUUCAUAUUUUAGGUUUGACAUUGGCGAAAUUAAAUGACGUUGAUAAUGCUAUUCGCGCGUAUGAGGUUGCUAUUCAAUUAGAUUCCACCGACCCGACGACACAUUUAAAUUUAGCUGUUUUGCUCUUUAACACGACACAAAACAAACAACAAAUCGAUAAAACAUUAAAAACCUUUCGAGAAGCAUACGACAGAAAAGUUGAUAUUGAAGGUGCACGAGAAGUAGAUGGAACGAUGUUGGAAAUUGCGACAAAACUAAGCGAUGCUAUGCAAACAAAUAAUACUCUAAAAAUUGAACAACCAAAAUCCUUGCCAAGAUCGAUUAAAAAUUUUCAAGAUAUGCCACCACUAGCAAACGAAGAUGAACCGUGGAUGAAACCUGACAAUUUACUACCAUCAACCGAACGAGUACAACAACCAGCCGCUGACGAUGAUGAAUUUCCAAUUACAUCUCCGAGAAGACAAAUAGAGCCAGUAGUUGAACCGAAAAAAGAAUUGCCAGUAAUAAAAACAAAAAUAUUUGAUGAUGGAAGACGGAGAAAAACAGACAGAACACAAGUGACAGAUAAUAAUAAUAAUGGAACAGCAGAAAGACCAUCAGCUGUGCCGACCGAUGAUGAUACGUUUUUCUAA